AUGCCGUUGAACACUAUCUAUUUACAGGCAGGGUUAUUACCCACAGCAAGGAGCACCACCUCAGGGUCAGUAUCAGGCUACCGGAGCCACACCAUACCCUCCCUCAGGUCCUAUCCACAAGCUGGAGGCGCCUACCCACCUGCUGGUGCAGCUCCUUAUCCCCAGGGUCAGCAUGGCGCCGGAUAUCCUCCUGCAGGAGCAGCUCCACCAGCGGGAGCAGCGCCCUCGUACCAGGGCGAGAUGCCCCAUGAGGACGUGAAGGAUGACCCCAACCUGCGCUCCGACCCCUCCGCCCCCGGUGUGGAGCAGAUGGGCGUGGUGGCUGGCUAUGAGAGGAUCGGCUUCAGUGCAAUAUCUUUGGCCCCACCAUCUUACGAAGAAUUAAUGCAGGGGCCGCCACCAGAGAGGUCAGGAUUUACAAGUUCUCCGACCAUUACCGAGGAGGAUGCACGUGCAGCUCUUCAUCAGUUCGUGGCUGAAAACUGUUGCUAUGGCUCCAAAGCCGCCAAAGAGAUGGUGUUUCGGGAACUCAAGUCAUCUUCAGCCUUCCACUACACGCUGGAGACUUUCGCCGAGUCAAGAUCAACAUGCUGGGCCUACGAGCCAUACAAAGGACAGGCAAUAGACGGUCCGGAAAGAGGCCCUGCUCCUGGUCCCUGGGAUGUACAGGCUACGGCCCCAGCGCUGUUCAGCACACAACGUGUCGACGUGGAAGUUCCGCAUACAGCGUCUGUGAAGCCGUGUCACAACUGCUUCGCGCGUGGCUACACUCGAUGCUACCGCUGUCAUGGAAGGGGACGGCUGUUCUGUCACCAAUGUCACGGCAAGGGGCACCAGACGGUGUACGAAAACGGCGAGCACAUACAUCGACGAUGCAUCUGGUGUGACGGCGACGGCCGCAGAAGGUGCUACACCUGUAAUGGCUUUGGACAGGUCGAGUGCACAGUCUGUCGUACCCACGGCAACCUGAAGUGCUACAUCAAGCUUACGAUUCAAUGGACUAAUCAUACAAAGGACCAUGUGGUAGAGAGAACGGCCCUGCCUGAUCAGCUUAUACGUGAGGUUUCCGGACAGGUGGCAUUCGAAGAACAGCAACCCCGGGUUUGGCCAAUCAACCACUUUCCCGACCAGGAAAUCAACAUGGCGUCCAAAUCUCUUGUACAAGAGCACCGUCAGGCAUUUCCCACUGAACGCAUCUUAAUGCAGAGGCACCGCGUGCGGAUCGUGCCUGUGACACAGGUGAUGUACACCUACAAAUCCCAGCAGAAUGCCUUCUUUGUCUACGGCUUCGAACACAAGGUCUACGCUCCUGACUAUCCCGAUCAGUGCUGUUGGGGCUGCACGCUUCUCUAGUCUAGACAACCAAACCGCGGACUGUUCUGUAGUAGCUGUACCCUGUGAGUUGGUGGGGUGUCUUCGCUCGUAUAUCACGAGGAGUUCUAAAGUCAAACCAAGAUAAUCACGAUGACAUUAUGUCGACAUUGCGCUGUUUGUGAUUUUUGUUUUGGUUUUUUUUUUUUUUUUUUUUAUACUUGCCGACGCUGUAAAAUGGCUUUAAUUAAUUCAAGAGACAGAAAUACAGAACAGCCCUUGAUAACUAUCUUCUGUGAUGUGUACAGCUUGUGACAUUUGACAAUAACAUCUAAAGUCCGCAACCUCAUCACUCAUUCACCAGUUGGAUUUUUUUUUUUUUUGUGUGUGGUAGUUUUAAAUCUGAUACUAGCGUGGUCGUACUCUUCAUAAGUUCGUCCUCAAAAUGUUAAAUUUAUUAAACUAGUCGUCAUGUUUUACUAUGCAUUUCUUCUUCGUGGAAGCCGCUUUGAAUCUGUUGCCAGAAUUCAAAACGAAUACAAUAUUUCCAAAACCUGCAUUUGUAUCAGCUUGAUAAUUACGUAAGUAGUGAUGAUAAAAACUAUGUACGACUUGAUUGUUGUCAACAUGAAUGGAAGCCACGGUGUUCUUGGCUGAUGAGAGUUUUUUUGAGGAGAAUAAGUAAAACGAAAAUUGAUAAAAUACCAAACAGUGUCCGAUUACUACUAAUAAAAGUUUUAAAAUAAUCAUGAAGUGUCUAUACGCUCAUGCGGUUGACCGAAAAGAGGGUAACACGAUCCCAAAGGUCAGGGAUCGACCUUAAGGAUGAAUUGUUAACAUUUACAUUUGUUGAUGCGAAAUUUCAUGAUAAAGGAGAAAGUUCAUGAUUAUCGUUGUUUUUGUUUUCCAGUUUGGCUAAUUUUGUGUUAUUAUGAUAACUGCUUUGGAAAAUAAAAUUUAUUUUUCUAUUGUAA